GUGCUUUUUUUGUCCGUGUCACAGCCUUGUUGAAGCGCACGACCGGACAUAUUUCCCACACCCGUUUGAGGGAACUUUAGCGUGUGGAUAUUGGUGUUUUUCCACAGCCAUGAGCUCGGGGGAAGGAGCCGAGGAGGCGGUGAAGGACGCGGCCGACAUCGCUGCCUUCUUCAAAUCUGAUGGCUCCCUUCCAAAAUGUGAACCGAAAAGUGAUAUUUGCAGUCAGAAAACAGGAUUUCGCCGUAAUGAAGACAUGAAAGCAAUAGAAGUUUUGCCUAUUCUAAAGGAAAAAGUGGCCUUUUUGUCAGGUGGCAGAGACAAGCGCGGCGGUCCAGUUUUAACAUUCCCAUCACGUACCAACCACGACCGAAUACGACAGGAGGACCUGCGCAGGCUCAUUGCUUAUCUGGCUGGCAUCCCCAGCGAGGACUUGUGUAAACAUGGCUUCACGGUUAUCGUGGACAUGCGGGGCUCGAAAUGGGACUCCAUCAAGCCUUUGCUGAAGAUCCUACAGGAAUCCUUCCCCUGCUGCAUCCACGUCGCCCUCAUCAUUAAACCUGACAACUUUUGGCAGAAGCAGAGGACCAACUUUGGCAGCUCGAAGUUCGAGUUUGAGACAACCAUGGUGUCCCUGGAAGGCUUGUCGAAAGUGGUGGACCCGUCACAGCUCACAGCUGACUUUGAUGGCAGCCUGGACUACAACCACGAGGAGUGGAUUGAGAUCCGUGUGGCCUUUGAGGAGUUUACGGGCAACGCACGUCACCUGCUUUCCCGCCUGGAGGAAAUGCAGGCCACGGUUACGCGGAAGGACUUCCCUCAAGAGCUGGAGGGUGCGCGGCGCAUGAUCGACGAGCAUGCCGCGCUCAAGAAAAAGGUGAUGAAGGCACCGGUGGAGGAGGUGGAUGCAGAGGGUCAGCAGCUGCUGCAGCGUAUCCAGAGCAGCGAAAGUUAUGCCAACCGUUCCGUACCCGCCGGGCCUGGCCAGAGAGAGGGCCAGGGACAAGGCCAGCCGAACGCAGACACCCAGGGCUUAGUGCCACGCGUCACCGCGCUGCUGGAGCAGCUGCACAGCACACGGCACAACCUGCACCAGGCCUGGCAUGUGCGCAAACUGCAGCUUGAUCAGUGCUUCCAGCUGCGACUGUUUGAACAGGAUGCUGAAAAGAUGUUUGACUGGAUCAUGCACAACAAAGGCUUAUUUCUGGCAGGCUACACUGAGAUCGGAAACAAUCACUCACAUGCCAUGGAUCUCCAGACCCAGCACAAUCACUUUGCUAUGAACUGUAUGAAUGUAUAUGUGAACAUUAACCGCAUCAUGUCUGUGGGGAACCGGCUGCUGGAGGCUGGCCACUAUGCUUCACAGCAGAUUAAACAGAUCUCAGGGCAGCUGGAGCAAGAGUGGAAGGCUUUUGCUGCUGCGCUGGAUGAGAGGAGCACUCUGCUGGAAAUGUCUGCUACCUUCCAUCAGAAAUGUGAUCAGUACAUGAGUAACGUGGACUCAUGGUGUAAGGCGUGUGGAGAGGUGGAUUUGCCCUCGGAGCUGCAGGAGCUAGAAGAUGCCAUCCACCAUCACCAGGGCCUGUAUGAACAUAUCACCACGGCCUACUCUGAGGUGAGCCAAGAUGGCAAAGCCUUACUGGACAAACUUCAGCGACCCCUGACCCCUGGCAGCGCUGAUUCCCUUACAGCCUCUGCCAACUACUCCAAAGCUGUACAUCAUGUCCUAGAUAUCAUCCAUGAGGUACUGCACCACCAGCGACAGUUGGAGAACAUCUGGCAGCAUCGCAAAGUCCGUCUGCACCAGCGCCUGCAGCUGUGUGUGUUUCAGCAGGACGUCCAGCAGGUGCUGGACUGGAUUGAGAAUCAUGGUGAGGCGUUCCUUAGUAAGCACACAGGAGUGGGGAAGUCUCUUCAUCGAGCCAGAGCUUUACAGAAACGACAUGAAGACUUUGAAGAAGUGGCGCAGAACACAUACACCAACGCAGAUAAGCUGCUGGAGGCGGCAGAACAGUUGGCUCAGACUGGCGAGUGUGAUCCGGAGGAGAUCUACCAGGCCGCCCAUCAGCUGGAAGACCGCAUACAAGACUUUGUAAGGCGGGUGGAACAGCGCAAGGUCCUGCUGGACAUGUCGGUUGCCUUCCACACUCAUGUUAAAGAGCUGUGGACGUGGCUGGAGGAGCUGCAGAAGGAGCUUUUGGAUGAUGUGUAUGCCGAGUCUGUAGAGGCGGUGCAGGAUCUCAUCAAGCGCUUUGGGCAGCAGCAGCAGACGACGCUGCAGGUUACGGUCAACGUCAUCAAAGAAGGAGAGGACCUCAUCCAGCAGCUAAGAGAUUCAGCCAUUUCGAGCAAUAAGACCCCACACAACAGCUCCAUCAACCACAUUGAGAGUGUGCUACAGCAGCUGGAUGAAGCCCAGGCUCAAAUGGAGGAGCUUUUCCAGGAGAGGAAGAUCAAACUGGAGCUCUUUCUACAGCUCAGGAUCUUUGAGCGUGAUGCUAUCGACAUUAUCUCCGAUCUGGAUUCCUGGAACGAGGAGCUGUCUCAACAGAUGAGCGACUUUGACACUGAGGACCUGACUUUGGCCGAGCAGAGACUGCAGCACCAUGCUGACAAAGCCCUCACCAUGAACAACCUCACUUUUGACGUCAUCCACCAGGGCCAGGAACUGCUGCAAUAUGUCAAUGAGGUGCAAGCUUCCGGAGUGGAGUUGCUGUGUGAUCGGGAUGUGGACAUGGCUGCACGCGUUCAGGAUCUGCUGGAGUUUUUGCAUGAGAAGCAGCAGGAGCUGGAUGUGGCUGCAGAGCAGCACCGCCGCCACCUGGAACAAUGUGUGCAGCUGCGCCACCUACAGGCAGAGGUCAAACAGGUUUUAGGUUGGAUCCGGAACGGAGAAUCAAUGUUAAAUGCUGGUCUAAUCACAGCCAGUUCUCUUCAGGAGGCCGAGCAGCUGCAGAGAGAGCAUGAGCAGUUCCAACAUGCUAUUGAGAAAACCCAUCAGAGUGCUUUGCAGGUGCAGCAGAAGGCCGAGGCACUGCUACAGGCCAAUCACUACGACAUGGACAUGAUCCGUGACUGCGCUGAGAAUGUGGCUUCCCACUGGCAGCAGCUCAUGCUCAAGAUGGAGGACCGGCUUAAACUGGUUAACGCCUCUGUGGCCUUCUACAAGACCUCUGAGCAGGUGUGCAGUGUUCUGGAAAGCCUGGAGCAGGAGUAUAAGCGGGAGGAGGACUGGUGUGGAGGAGCAGACAAACUAGGUCCCAAUUGUGAGACGGAUCACGUCACCCCUAUGAUCAGCAAACACCUGGAGCAAAAAGAAGCCUUCCUUAAGGCAUGCACCCUGGCCAGACGCAAUGCCGACGUGUUUCUCAAGUACAUGCACCGGAACAGUGUCAACAUGCCUGGGAUGCUGAGUCACGUCAAAGCACCUGAGCAGCAGGUCAAAAACAUCCUGAAUGAGCUGCUGCAGAGGGAGAAUCGAGUCUUGCACUUCUGGACGAUGAGGAAGAGGAGGUUGGAUCAGUGCCAGCAGUACGUGGUGUUUGAACGCAGCGCCAAACAGGCUCUUGAGUGGAUCCAUGACACUGGUGAGUUCUACUUGUCUACACACACAUCCACCGGCUCCAGCAUCCAUCACACACAGGAGCUGCUGAAAGAGCAUGAGGACUUCCACAUCACAGCCAGGCAAACCAAGGAGCGUGUGAAGCUGCUGAUACAGCUGGCUGAUGGCUUCUGCGAUAAGGGUCACGCUCAUGCAGCUGAGAUCAAGAAGUGGGUGACAGCUGUGGACAAGCGCUACAGAGACUUUUCCCUGCGCAUGGACAAAUACCGCACCUCACUGGAAAAAGCUCUGGGGAUCUCCUCCGACUCCAACAAAGCGAGUAAGGACCUGCAGUUGGAUAUCAUCCCUGCCAGUGCUCCUGGGUCAGAGGUCAAGCUAAGGGAUGCUGCCCAUGAGCUGAAUGAGGAGAAACGCAAAUCAGCUCGUAGGAAGGAUUUUAUAAUGGCAGAGCUGAUUCAGACAGAAAAGGCCUACGUGAGAGAUCUGAGGGAAUGUAUGGAUACAUAUCUUUGGGAGAUGACUAGUGGUGUGGAGGAAAUCCCACCGGGUAUCGUCAACAAAGAGCACAUCAUUUUCGGCAACAUGCAGGACCUCUUUGAAUUCCACCACAAUAUCUUCCUUAAAGAGCUGGAGAAGUAUGAACAACUUCCAGAGGAUGUGGGUCAUUGUUUUGUGACCUGGGCUGACAAGUUUCAGAUGUAUGUAAACUACUGCAAAAACAAACCAGACUCUACUCAGCUGAUCCUGGAGCAUGCUGGAUCCUACUUUGACGAGAUCCAGCAGAGGCAUCGUCUGGCUAACUCUAUCUCCUCUUAUCUAAUCAAACCAGUGCAGAGAAUAACCAAAUACCAGCUGCUGCUCAAGGAACUACUGACAUGUUGUGAGGAGGGCAAGGGAGAAAUCAAAGAUGGUUUGGAGGUCAUGCUCAGUGUGCCCAAAAGAGCUAAUGAUGCCAUGCACCUUAGUAUGCUGGAAGGUUUUGAUGAGAACAUCGAGUCUCAGGGAGAGCUGAUCCUGCAGGAGUCCUUCCAGGUGUGGGACCCGAAGACUCUGAUUAGAAAGGGCAGAGAGCGUCACCUGUUCCUCUUCGAGAUGUCUCUCGUCUUCAGCAAGGAGGUCAAGGACUCCAACGGCAGGAGCAAGUACAUCUACAAGAGCAAACUGUUUACCUCGGAGCUGGGUGUUACUGAACAUGUAGAGGGCGAUCCAUGUAAAUUUGCCCUUUGGGUUGGACGAACUCCAACUUCUGACAACAAAAUAGUUCUUAAGGCGUCCAGUAUUGAGAACAAGCAGGACUGGAUCAAACACAUCCGAGAGGUGAUACAGGAGCGUACGGUUCACCUAAAGGGUGCACUAAAAGAGCCUAUUCACAUCCCCAAACCUUCCACAUCCAAACACAAGGGUCGCAGAGAUGGAGAGGAUCUGGACAGUCAGGGUGAGGCCAGCAGUCAGCCGGACACCAUCUCCUUGGCCUCGCGCACAUCUCAGAAUACACUAGACAGUGACAAGCUAUCUGGAGGCUGUGAGCUGACCGUGGUUAUCCAUGACUUCAUGGCUGGAAACAGUAAUGAGCUGAGUGUGCGCAGAGGGCAGACGGUGGAGGUGCUCGAGCGGCUCCAUGAUAAGCCUGACUGGUGCUUAGUGCGCACAACAGACCGCUCGCCUGCUCUUGAGGGCCUCGUGCCCUGUGCCAUGCUCUGCAUUGCCCACUCACGCAGCAGCAUGGAGAUGGAGGGCAUCUUCAACCACAAAGAUACACUUUCAGUUUGCAGCAAUGAUGCCAUCCUCCCUGGCUCAUCUGCCACUCUGCAGCCUGGCCACAUGAUGGGUUCUCAGAGUUCUCCAGGCCCCAAGAGACCAGGCAACACCCUGCGCAAGUGGCUCACCAGCCCUGUGAGGAGACUGAGCAGUGGCAAGGCUGACGGCCACGUCAAAAAGCUUGCACACAAGCACAAGAAGAACCGAGCCGACGUGCGCAAGAGCGCCGACAUCGGCUCACAGAAAGACUCGGACGACAGCGCUGCCACUCCGCAGGAUGAGACCAUAGAGGAGAGGGUGAGAAACGAGGGUCUGAGCAGUGGCACACUGUCCAAGUCCUCUUCUUCAGGCAUGCAGAGCUGUGGAGAGGAGGAAGGUGAGGAAGGGCCUGACUCUGUACCUCUGCCUCCACCAAUGGCCAUCCAGCAGCAUAGCCUGCUCCAGCCUGAUCCUCAGGAUGACAAGACAUCAUCCCGUCUUUCAGUCCGUCCCUCCAGCUCAGAGACGCCCAGUGCUGCAGAGUUAGUUAGUGCCAUUGAGGAGCUGGUGAAAAGCAAGAUGGCUUUGGAAGACAGACCUAGCUCUCUGUCUGUGGAGCAGGGUGACAGCAGCAGUCCUUCCUUCAAUCCCUCUGACAACUCCCUUCUGUCCUCGUCCUCUCCCAUGGAUGAAAUCGAGGAUCGCAAGACGGGCUUUCUCAAGAGACGCCACUACAUACUUCUGGAGCUGAUGGAGACGGAGAGGGACUAUGUAAGGGAUCUUGGGUUGGUUGUUGAGGGCUAUAUGGCCAGGAUGAAAGAGGAAGGUGUUCCAGAUGACAUGAAGGGAAAAGACAAGAUUGUAUUUGGGAACAUCCACCAGAUCUAUGACUGGCACCGAGAUUUCUUUUUGGGAGAGUUGGAGAAGUGCCUUGAUGACCCUGAUCGUCUGGGCUCUCUGUUUGUAAAACACGAGCGGAGGUUGCACAUGUACAUUGUUUACUGCCAAAACAAACCCAAAUCUGAACACACUGUCUCAGAGUACAUAGACACCUACUUUGAGGAUCUUAAGCAGCGUUUGGGUCACAGGCUGCAGCUCACUGACUUGCUCAUCAAACCAGUGCAAAGAAUCAUGAAGUACCAGCUGCUGCUCAAGGAUUUACUCAAGUUCUCCAAAAAAGCUGGGCUAGAUUUACUGGAUUUGGAGAAAGCAGUUGAGGUCAUGUGCAUUGUACCAAAGCGUUGCAACGACAUGAUGAAUGUCGGGAGACUCCAGGGAUUUGAUGGAAAAAUAGUGGCUCAGGGACGGCUUCUAUUGCAGGACACCUUCAUGGUGUCAGAUUCUGAAGGAGCACUGCUGGGCAGGAUGAAGGAGAGAAGAGUCUUUCUCUUCGAGCAGAUUGUAAUUUUUAGUGAGCUUCUGGAUAAGAAGAGAGGUUUCUCUAUGCCUGGUUUCCUUUAUAAGAACAGCAUCAAGGUGAACUGUUUGGGCCUGGAGGACAGUGUGGAUGGUGACCCAUGUAAAUUUACACUGACCUCCAGAAUGCCCAAUGGCAGCAUCGAAGCCUUCAUCCUGCACUCCUCCCACCCUGGAGUCCGGCAGGUCUGGACCCUGCAGAUCAGUCAGAUCCUAGAAACUCAGCGCAACUUUCUCAAUGCGCUUACUUCUCCAAUCGAAUUCCAGAGGAACCAUGUGGGAGGGAGUGCGAGUGCUCCAAUAGGUUCUUCUGUCAGUGGUGGAGGACAAGGUGUGGCUCCCGGAGGGGGCGUGGCAACCCCAGUCGUAUCGGGAUCGCGCUCUCGCCCCUCCCGUAUCCCACAACCCUCGCGCCUUCCUCAGCCACUUCGCCACUUCUCCCCCGCCCAGGGUCCCGGAGUCAAUGAACCGGACGGCCCCGACAAAAUCUCAGGUACGCCUUCUAGGCCCCCACCCCCUUAUCCUACAGACUCUGCUACAAGCCAAGACUCCGCUAAGCUAAAGCAGUCAGACAUCCCUCAGGCUAAAUGCAGUGAGUCUGUGGAGGAUGCUUCCAAAGAGAAAGAGAAUCCGGAUGGACCAAAUCCAGCCCCUAUCCCUCGAGCCAAAGUGCCCCCACUAGCACUGGUAAAGCCAAGGUCAGCACCGGUCACCCCAGCAGGCACUCCUAUAGCCCCACCAGCUUAUAAAGACUUCCUGGCACCCUGCAGUCCCGGCCCGAAAAACGGUGGCUGCACCACUCCUUCUUCUUCUACGACCUUCUGGAGCUCCAUGCCAGGCUCUCCUGCCAGUCGACCCAGCUCCUUCACCUUCCCUGGAGAUACUUGCGAAUCGCUGAGCCGGCCCAAUCAGAACCAAAGCCAUCGGCAUUCCAGCCACAGUAAAGACGCAGACCGCAUGAGCACGUGCUCCUCGGCCAGCGAGCAGUCAAUCCAGUCCACCCAGAGUAACGGGAGUGAAAGCAGCAGCAGCAGUAACAUUUCCACCAUGCUCGUGACGCAGGACUACGUGGCUCUAAAAGAGGAUGAGAUUAAUGUGUGUCAGGGUGAGGUGGUGCAGAUUCUGGCCUCCAACCAGCAAAAUAUGUUCCUGGUGUUCCGCGCCGCUACAGAUCAGAGCCCAGCCGCUGAGGGCUGGAUCCCCGGCUAUGUAUUGGGCCACACCUCUACCAGCAACCCCGAUGCUCCAGAGUCUACCAUAAAGAAAUCAUCUUCAUGGCACACAUCCCUACGGAUCCGUAAAAAGUCAGAGAGAAGAGAGAAAGAAGGCAAGAAGGAGAGCAAACUGGAGAACGGAUACAGGAAGUCCAGAGAGGGUUUAGCUAAUAAGGUAUCUGUAAAGCUUCUGAAUCCAAAUUACAUCUAUGAUGUCCCGCCAGAGAUCCUUGUUCCACUGAGUGACGUGACCUGUGAUAAAGGCGAAUGCGUCACACUAAGGUGUAAAGUGUGUGGCCGCCCCAAAGCCACCAUCACUUGGAGAGGCCCUGACCAAGACCUGCUGAGCAACAAUGGUCACUAUGGCAUUGCCUACAGUGACACUGGUGAGGCCACAUUGCGCAUUGUGGGUGUGGCUGCAGAGGAUGAUGGUGUUUACACCUGUAUCGCCACAAAUGAUGUAGGCAGUGUCAGUACGUCUGCCAGUCUCAGAGUUUUGGGCACUUCAAGUGAUGGAAUCCGGGUGAUGUGGAAAGACAACUUUGAGACUUUCUACACUGAGGUGGCAGAGUUGGGCAGAGGCCGCUUCGCUGUGGUUAAACGCUGUGACCAGAAGGGAUCUAAACACACUGUAGCUGUUAAAAUGGUUAAUAAAAAACUUAUGAAACGGGAUCAGGUCACUCAGGAACUCAGCAUCUUAAAAAGACUACAGCAUCCUCAUAUAAUCUGCCUGCAGGAUGUCUUUGAGACCCCCAGCAGUUAUGCACUCGUACUGGAUAUGGCUGAUCAGGGACGUCUGCUAGACUUCAUAGUCAGCUGGGGGAACCUUACUGAGGAGAAAGUUGCCUUUUACUUGCGGGACAUUUUGGAAGCUUUGCACUACCUUCAUAACUGCAGAAUAGCCCAUCUGGACAUGAAGCCUGAAAAUCUGGUGGUGGAUCAGAGCUCUUCUCAACUGACAGUAAAACUGACGGAUUUUGGGGAUGCAGUGCAGCUAAACUCCGCCCAUUAUAUCCACCCUCUCCUGGGCAGUCCUGAAUUUGCUGCCCCAGAGUUGGUGCUAGGAGAGCCUGUUUCUCUUUCUUCAGACAUCUGGAGCCUCGGGGUUGUAACCUACGUGAUUCUGAGCGGGGCUUCACCCUUCUUGGACGAGAGUGUGGAGGAGACGUGCCUGAACAUCUGUCGUCUGGACUUCAGCUUCCCUGAUGAUUACUUUCAGGGUAUAACCCAGGAGGCACGGGACUUUGUGUGUUUGCUGUUGAGGAAAGAGCCCAGCAGACGACCCACCCCAGGUGUUUGCCUACAGGAGGCCUGGCUGAGGCCAGGGAGCAGCAAAGGCUCCACAGAGGGCAUCGACACCUCCAGACUCAUCUCCUUCAUUGAGCGGCGCAAACACCACAAUGACCUACGGCCCUUAGGAGCCAUUAGGCCUUUCCUGCACAGCAGACUUCAACCCAGAAGCUGAAAGUGGAGAUUAAUUCAUACAAAGAUACACAGAUCUCAUCCUGUUUUAGCGGCCUUGAAAGAAAUGUCCUGAGUCAUUGUGAGCAUGUGGAAAUAAGCACCUCAUUUAAUCCGAGCCGUGUAGAACACAGUUCAGAGACGAGCGACGUCCGUGGAUUUAUUAUUCUUUCCCAGUCUUAUGCUACUGGCUGGUUUAAAAUGUAAUGAAGAUUUGUAAGAGAUUUAACGAAUGAAUAUAUAUUGAACUAUUUCACUGAUCGAUGAUCCAAAUCCUCCACAUGGACUGAUCAUUGUGGAACAAAUGUACCUGCACAACAGUGGCAGAGCUUUUCUGUAAAGAAAGUCAUGCACCUAUCAUGGAGAGAACCUUUUUUUCCCCUUUUUCGUCUGAGCCAGGGGGAGCUAGCAGUUUUUUUGCGCUUUUACAGUAUUCAAGUCAAAAAAAUUCAAGCGGAAGGGUUCCUGUAAAUUAAAAUAACGUGGUAACUGUAUCCACAGUUACAUACAUAUGAACAGAAACUAAACAAUGCAAAAAGGAAAAAAACUAAACAAAGAAAUAACAAACGUGAAUGAGUUUCUCGCCAGUCUGAAUUCAGGAAGAAAUAUGACUGUUUAUUUUAAGUCAUUUGAAUUAAAAUCAAAGCGUGUUUGGUUGCCUAGCUUAAGUUGCUUUGUCAAAAAUAACUAUCAUAUGCCAUAUAGUAACGAUUUUAAAGUGCAGCAAGUGAUUAUUUUUCGAUUGCUUUAACUAGAACAAAUUGUGUUGUGCAGUUUAAAGAUGUGUAAGCCUUUUUUUUGUACAGUCUGUGUCUACCAUGUUUUAAAUGUCUUGAUUUUUAAGAAAUCUGUUCACUAAGAGCAUCCCAGCGUAAGAGAGGCGAUGAACCCGAGGGAAGAUAGCCAUAGGGCUGCCAAAAUUCAGAGUGGCAGUUCAUUUAUGAGCUCAAAGCAAGACUGAAUACUGUAAAUGCACUCACGCUGUAUGUUCUGUUCCAGAUUCUUAUCACGUGCAAUGUUGCGGCUUUAACGUUUUAUGCAACUAUUUAUGAAGACAUCUGUUGUACCUGUAAUAAAUAUAUAGACAAGCAUGUACUUGGUACUGCAAGUUCUGCUGAUAAUUGCUUUAUUUAACCUGGACUAUCUUCAGUUGAGUAUUAUUUCCCUGUCUCACCACAGGGUCUUCACCUACAUGGCACUUAUGCGUUCUUGACACUUUUUUUGUUAAUGUCGUUAUGGGUGUACCAAAGCUCUCUAAGCUUUCUGAGACUUUCUGUCACAUUUCACUUUUUUUUAAGUUACACCUUCUUAGCCGUGACAGAUUGUUUACAUGUGUAUACCAUAGCUUUAUAUUUUAAGUUUGUAGACUUCUCAUAAAUUUUAUUGACCAUUCACAGUGUCAUUGAUUUGUCUGCAGUUUGAUUGGCAGUCUUGGUCUUUUAAUGUGGAGCCUUCGUGUGUUUGAUACAGAUUAUGGUUGUAUCACAAGGGCUUCAGAUCUUUUCAACAGUCCGUGCUAAAACUGGCAUGAAACUGAAGAGAUUUCAUUAUAUGAGCUGAGCUGCCGUUCUUAUCCUCAGUAAUCUGCAGUGCUUGCGUCACCUUAUUUGGCUGGCGCUCAGUUCCUGAAACUCAGUCGAUGGUGAGUGCACAUAUGUUUUCUAUAGUAAGGAACACAGUGGCUUCAUUGCUUCGUACCAUAUCACGUCUUCUAAUUUAUUGUCAUUGUAAAGUUGUACAGAUGCUGAUACAUCAUGGGAAGUCAGACUGGAUGCUUUUACAUGUUGCGUUAAAUUGAUAUUUUUUAAGUUUGUGCUCAUUGUUUUUUACGGUCUGUAUGAUCAUGUAUGAUCAUUGUUAACUUUUAUUUCAGUUAUUUUAUACUUUUGCAUGUAUAUUUCUUUGUACAGACACCAUAAGUGUUUACACAGUAUGUGCUGUAAAUAGUUUCUGUUUUGCCAUCAGUUAUUUUGAAAUUAAACAUACAAAACAUU